UGAUUACAUACAUGUAGGUACCUUUGUAAGGUACCUAAGGCUCCACAUUGGGGCAUUCGGUAAAGCCACACACUUGAAAUAAAUGUGGCUGUAGUGUCUAAGUGUCUAAGUGCCCGUAUGUCAAAAUCAGCAAAUCAUUUGCUGUAAUUAUUCGCUCUAGAACAAAACGAAAUAUAUUAUUGGAUGUUAGAAAUGUGCGGAGAAUGGCUACGACAAUUCCAAAGGAGCCUCUUGUGGUUAUUCUGGGCACAACUGGUACGGGAAAGUCAGAUCUUGCGGUAGACUUAGCACUUAAGUUCAACGGCGAAGUCAUCAACGCCGAUGCUAUGCAGAUGUACAAGGGUCUACCAAUUAUCACAAACCAACUCACGCCAGAGGAGCAAAAAGGUGUCCCACACCAUUUACUGGGAACAGUUGACCCUAAUGAGCCGACUUGGAAUGUUGAGGUCUUUGCACGCGAGGCAACUAGGAUUAUUCACGAGGUCCGGCGUAGAGGCAAGCUUCCUAUCGUAGUAGGCGGCACACAUUAUUACAUUCAUGCCCUAUUGUUCGAAGAUAGCUUAAUUAGCAUGAAAGGCGCAAACGAUGAUAUUCUAAAUCAUCGACCCCAAAAAGAGAACAUAACGCAUUUUCCUAUCUUGGAUGGGCCCACCGAUGUCAUGUUUCAACGCCUUCGAGAGGUAGACCCAGAUACGGCAGAUCGGUGGCACCCCGAGGAUCGACGUAAGAUCAGGCGUUCCCUCGAAAUAUUCCUAACUACGGGAAGACGGGCAUCAGACAUUUACACCGAGCAGAAGCAAGCGAAGGCAUUGUCCAUUCAAACGAGACGUCCUUGGCAGUCGUUAAUGUUUUGGGUAUACGCCGAGCCCGAGGGGCUGAAAGAACGUCUUAACAAAAGAGUGGAUAAGAUGUAUAAAAACGGAUUAAUGGAUGAAGUGAAGCUUCUGCACGAAAGCCGGCGAGUGCGAUCCGAGCAAGGCGAAAUCGUAGACCUCACACGUGGAGUAUGGCAAUCCAUAGGAUACAAACAGAUGGAGUCCUUUCUUGAAGCUGAACAAAAUGAGACGAGCCCGAAUGAGGCAGACCAACUAAGAUUAGCUGGGUUGGAAGAUAUCAAAACCGCGACGAGACAAUACGCAAGAUAUCAAUUACGAUGGAUCCGACAUAAAACCAUCCCCGCAUUGAAAGAUUAUGAGGCAAUGGAUUAUCUGUUUUUAUUAGACAGCUCCAACGCCGAUAGUUUCUCGGCUAGCGUUCUUGAGCCGGCUUCGAGAAUAUGCCUAGAUUUCUUGAAUGGCCAUGCUUUAGCCAAACCGACUGAGGUGUCAAACACGGCACGCGAAGUCUUGACGGCUUACGACGACGAUAAUUCACCACCAAAAGUAGCAUUUAAAGUCAAGACUUGCGAUCUCUGUAAAGUCUCUCUUCAGUCGGAAGAUCAGUGGCAAAAGCAUAUUAAGGGGCGAAGACACUAUCGUGCUGUUCGGAGUAAGAAGUGGACUGCGCUUAUUCCUCUUGAUUCAGAGAAGGAAAGUUGAAUAUAUUAUAUGAAUAUAUUUCUCAUAGUUAUUCGUUCCUUACGGCAAGAAUCACUCUAAAAGUCUCGGUGUUAAAGAUGAAUGAUAGAGAGAUGAUGCUUAUGAGUUUAUCUAUUAAUAACCUCUUCUAUUGGAUUGUUCAUUCCCGGGUGGGUGGAUCCCGAAAUGAGCCUCGGUUAGUUGGUCUGUGCGUGGUUACUAAAAGAUUUAGUUAACUAGCUUUUUGGCUUCUUCUACUUUUUGCUCAUCUUUUU